ACUGUCUGCAGGUCUGGGAUUGGCCGGAGCAGCUGUCGCUCACGGCCGGGUUCCGGAACCUGGUCCGCGGGCGAUGCUGCUGCGGAGCGUGGCGGGGGGAUGCUGGGCGGCCGCGGUCGCGGCCCGUGGAUCGGGGGCUCGCCGGCUCUCCAGCCAGGACUGCUGCCAGAGACUUCCUGGAGGCGGCAGCUUUCUUCAAAGGCACCAUCCCAGAGCACAAGCCCCUCAUGGCCACAGAGAAUUCGGGGCAGACCACACAGAGGUGGGCUCCCAAGCAGGUAUGGAUGGCACUGGGUCGCCUAAGGCUGAGCUGCCCAGCAGGGGCCCCUCAGAGCCCCAGGACCUUCUGCCACCCGAGCUUCAGCCACCCACAAACUGUUGCAUGAGUGGCUGCCCCAACUGCGUGUGGGUGGAAUACGCGGACAGGCUGCUGCAGCACUUCCAGGAUGGUGGGGAGCGGGCCCUGGCUGCCCUGGAGGAACACGUGGCUGAUGAGAACCUCAAGACCUUCCUCAGGAUGGAGAUCCAACUCCGCACCCAGUUCAGAGGUUGAGCCAGCCCUGCUAGACUCCCUCCCCUGGACAGAGUCCAGGAAGCAGCAGCAGCCUCCUCCCUUCACACCCCUCCGCAGACUCCUUGUGUCCAACGGGAAUAGGAGGAUUUAUUUAUUGACUUCUGAGAAAAAAUAAAUUCUUUGUGUUGGUUAGAUGG